GGGACGCGUGCGCGAGAGAGUGAGAGAGAGAGACAGAGUGAGUGAGUGAGUGUGUGUGUGUGAGUGUGUGAGAGAGAGAGUAUGAGAGAGAAUGAGAGAGAGAGAGAGACAGAGUGAGUGUGUGUGUGAGAGAGAGAGAGAGAGAGAGAGAGAGAGAGAGAGAGUGUGUGUGAGAGAGAGAGAGACGUACAAGUGAGUAGCGCGCGCCACCGGAAUCGCCAUUAGGAUUUCCGAGCUGAUGGAACACGAGCGGGAGAAGAGAAGCUGGGACUUAUCCGUGGACCCACACCCUCACUAACUUCCGAACUUGAUGCGAGCGGACACCUGUGACGAUGAGCGCGCUGGUGUUCAGUAAACUGGACGAGCGUCUGAGUUUUGAGGAGAGCGGAAAAGCCGUCGAGAGGAAGAGCCUGAGUUAUCUAGAAGUGCUCAACGGGCAGCAUGCGGAUUCUCUGACCAAGAGGAUGGACGGAGCGCUGCAGCACCGGAGACAGAGUGGCGGGAAGGUGCGGCACAAGCGGCAGGCUCUUCAGGACAUGGCCAGGCCGCUCAAGCAGUGGUUGUAUAAACACAGGGACAACCCGUACCCCACCAAAACCGAGAAGAUCCUUCUCGCCCUCGGCUCCCACAUGACCCUGGUUCAGGUAUCGAACUGGUUCGCUAACGCACGCCGCAGGUUGAAGAACACGGUGCGACAACCCGACCUGAGCUGGGCUCUACGCAUCAAACUGUACAACAAGUACGUUCAGGGCAACGCAGAGAGGCUCAGCAUCAGCAGUGACGACUCCGCUUCCGAAGACGGCGAGAUCCCUCUCCAGAUGCAGCCGAGCGAAUCCGAGUCCGGCCAGCCCACACACAAGAGCGUGAUCCAGGCGAGCCGAGGCCUCGAUCACGUCUCUCCGCCGAAGUACAAGAGCAGUCUGCUGAACCGCUACCUCAACGACUCCCUGCGGCACGUCAUGGCCUCCAACACGGACUCGCGCAAGAGGAACCACUCGGGCUCCUUCAGCUCCAACGAGUACGACGACGAGCUCCUGUCGCCCUCGUCGUCCGAAACGGAGGCCAACUACUCCUACCGCACAGAAUCCCUGGACUGCGGAUCCCAGUUCCAUGAUAGGUGCAAUCCUAAAGGAGGCCUGCAAGGAAAAGGCGCUACGUACUGGAACGAGCUGCACGCCGCCAUGGCGCUGACGAACCUGGCUCAGAGCGAGGACGCCACGCCUGCAGGCACCACCAGCUGCAUCAUCCAGAAAUCCUCGCACAUAGCGGAGAUAAAAACCGUCAAAGUGCCGAUCGCGCCUCCUCGACAGUACUCGGCCGACUCCGAGGUCUGAGGCGGGGGCGGAGGCCGACGGUCUUCUGCGAGACUCGAACGUGGACGUCCGGUCAUUUUUGUUAGUUUUGGAAAACGACGGUAUUUUAUAUACGGACGUGAUUGGGAUAUCUCACCGACGUGCCUGAUUAUGACUAAUGACGUCCAGACUGUACACCAACACCAACAGGAAGCGAUGUCUCAUGGACGGAAGUUCGGUUUGGACUGUUAAAGCCAGCAUUUUAAAAGCAUAUAGCGAUUUGUUCGUUUGUCCAAAAAUAUCAUUAUUCAUCCCCGACAGGUUUCGCGAUCCUCGGACCGUCCCGGUCGAAAUGUAAUAUAUUCAUAUACACGUUUACCACGUUUCUAAGUUAAGUGUAAUGUUUACCGAGGCAGGAUUUUCGUCCAACGAUUAUUGCUCGACAGUUGUUUCUCAUUAUUUUUUUAUUAUAUAGGUACAGCCAUUACUAACGUUGCCUUGUGUAUCUGAUGAUCGACGGGCCCCCGGGGAAAUAACGGCCAGGUUAUGAUCGCCCCACCGCCCGUCCCAGAAAUCUUUUCCCGAACUCUCUCUGACCCAUCUGUGAGUAAUCAGCUUUCUGUGGAUCACCGACGGUGACUCAGAUCGUCGUCGCUCGCGGAGUGAGUCCUGACCAGAUCCGCCGGUUUCGAAAUAAAUACCAUCUCGGAAAUAUUUUCCCCCGUUUCAAUAAAACCAGAUGACCUGAUUUCUGUUUGUCUUUCGUUAUGUAAAAACGUCCCCGGUGACGGGCCUUUUCCGCGAACACCCCACCACCCGCCCGUUUUUAGACCGUACAGUACGGUCUGCUGGCGAGAACCGUUUCGAUUACGUCCGUCACGUGACGCUCAGACCAAACAAAUACAGUAAGUAUGACGUGACACGGAUGUUAAAACGCCUACGUUUAAUAAGAUAAGAGUACGACGAACACCCGUACGUCCAGAGUGAAUAUUCUACAGGAAGUUCACGUGAAGAUCACGGGAAUCAGAAAAGCAAGUUUCUUUAUUUUCAGUGAUAUUUGAUUGAUGGGGUCACGCUGAUUUCGGUCAUAUUGACUGAUGGGGUGUCACUAUCUUCGGUGUACUAACUUCCACUCCACUCCGCCACCCUGUCCUUGAUUAUUUCCCCAUUAAAAACAUACCUCCAUAAGAGUGUUUUAUUCCUCACAUAGCGAAGGGGUUUCUUAUCUAGCAGAGAACCAGCAGAGUCCACACUGAAACGUUUACCGCCGUUCAUAUCUUUAAAAAAAAAAAAAAAAAAAAGGAAAAAAACCCUCCUCUGAUGUUGGGGGAUUUGCCCGUAAUGGAUAAGCACGUGCAUGUCAGUUAUGCGCCUUGAUAAUAUUAAAUAUGAGUCUAAGAAACUUACCAUCAAACGCUAUUUGGAUGGAGAGAUAUGACGCGGGUCGUACUGUGUUACAGCUGUUUGAUUCUUUUUUUUUUCCUUUCUUCUCUCUCUUCUUAUCUAAAAAAAAGGUCGAUGAUUUAUGUAAGCGCCGUGUUUUCCGCCACCUGAGAGCAUUUUGGCUACGCCCUUCGUAUCAACGCGGUGAAACAGCAUUAGGCAUUCGAUCACCCCUCCUAACCCCACCUCCUCCUCCCCCCGCCGCCGCAAAAUUGUCCUUCAUCAUCGUUACAAUUCCGAAAGUGGUUCGAAAGGGAAAGCAUCUGGAAGCUGUAUGACGGGCCUCGAAAGAAAAAAAAAAAAACCGUGAUAAACGAUGACGUAGGCUCGAGGGCGCUCAAGAACCGAACCGGACUGUGUUUUGACUCCGAGGGAAAGAUCGCACCGACGCAGUUGUCGGUAUGGAGUCGAGUCCAUACGUUGUAGUUUUCAUUUUAUCUGUCUAGCGCAAUAUAGUGAGACUGGGGUUUAAAUUAAAUCCUGAAGUGCAGACUUUCAGCUUUAACUUUUAGCUGAGGAUACUUGCACCCAAAUCGGGCGAACAGCACUUUAUAUACGAGGUCCACAAACACCCCCCUUAUUUUUUUUUUCCAAUAUACCAAACGUAAUAGGCGAUCACCCGCUCAGCUGUUCCAGGGCGAGGUGUGUGACCUUCCUCCAUUAUGUCACUUACAAGUGAGCAGAUAAGAAGGCUAGAGUUGGUUUCAAGUGGAACCGGGUUACUGUUACCUCUCCAUAUGAAGUCCAAAGAGCUGAAGAGUCAAAACAAAGCCAUCAGAGAAAGAGCGAGAGAAAACGUUAGCUGCGGCCAAAUCAGCUAUUUGGUACGGUCUUAAAAAGAACGGACGCACCGGUACGCUCAGGAACACCAGAAGGCCUGGAAGACCACGGAAAGCAUCCGCAGUAGAUGAACGACAAGAACUGCGAAGGAAAACAAACAACUCCACAACAGCUGGCCAGAUCAAGAACACCCUCCAGGAGGUAGGCGUAUCUGUGUCAACGUCAACAAUCGAGACAUGUAUUCACCUGAAUACAUACCACAAGAUCUAAACCGAUUGGUAAGCCUCCAAAACAGGAUGAAAUGAGAGUACGGUUGGCUUUAAGAAAAAUCCUACAGAUCUGGAACACCAUCCUACGGACAGGCGAGACAAAGAUCAACUUGUGCCAGAACGUUGAGAAGAUAAAAGCAUGGAAUAGUCAAAUAAUUGCGUACCACCUCAUCUCGUGCCAAUAGAACUGGCGCUCUUGUAUUUGUAUUUAUUGACGGUGUGACUGGUGACGAGAGCAGCAGGAUGAAUUCUGAAGUGUAUAGGUGUAGCGUAUUAUCUGCUCACAUUCACCCGAAUGCUUCAUCGGACGGCGCGUUAUACUGCAGAUAGACCUGAAGCAUACUUCGAAAGCAACCCAAGACUUCGACCUGGCGGAGUAUCACCAAGGAAGAAACCCCACAUCUGGUGACGGCUAUGGCUUCUAGACUUCAGGCAAUCAUUGUCUGCAAGGGUUUUGUUUUAUUUUUUAAUAAGGUGUGGCCAUGAAUUAAUGUAUUGAGGUCAAGUUUCUACAGAUCUAUUUUAUGGCAAAUAAAAAUGUACCUCAUGGCAACUGAUUUGUGUGACCACAAGAUACUUAGUUUGUGGCCUUGAAAUAUUAUCUCGUGGCCUCAAUAUAUUCUCUCACGGACUCGAUAUAGUAUUUCAUGCCAUCACUACGUUAUCUUUCAGACUUAAAUGUUAAAUCGUGGACUCAAUACUAAUAGUAUAUUGUGGCUUCAAUGCAUCUUUUGGCCUACAUUAUGGCCUCAAUAAAUUAUCUCAUGGUUUCCGUA